AUGCAUGUUGUUAUUGAUGCUAAAUUAGAAUCAUACUUAUUAUCAUUCCAAAGGUUAGUUGGUCGUCAUACAGCUGUUAACAUACUAAAUGAGUUUGAUAAAGUUAUAAAACACUACAAUAUUGAAAAAAAGAUUGUUCGAAUUGUUACGAACAACGCGUCUAAUAAUUUAGCUGCUUUUAAUAGAUCAGAUCGAAGUGAUGAUGAGAUUGAUAUAGAUAUUGAUGACAGCGGUUUCAACUAUGCUCCAGAUGAUGCAUUAACAAAUAAAAAUGAUAAUGAUAUAAUAUAUAAUAAUGGUGAUGGUAAUAAUGUUUUAGACGAUAUUUCUGAUACAGAUUUUACUCCAUAUAUAGCUGAUACAGUCGAUAACAAUGAACAAAUUAGAAUUCCAUGCUAUGCACAUACAAUUCAACUUGUACUCAGGGAUGGAAUAAAAGAAUGUUGCGUUGCACUUCGUUUAACAUUGGGUAAAAUAGCUAAAAGUGCCAAAUUAUGUCGAUCAAGCACAAUAUUUGCUGAUGAGUUUGAAAAAAUACAUAAAACGAUUAGAACAUCAAAUGAAACACGUUGGAAUAGUCAAUUUAACAUGGUGAAGUCUUUUAUUAAUAUACUAACAGCAACAAUCAAUUCGAUAUUAAUCGAGAAGAAAACAGAUGAGCUUAUUUUAUCAACAAAAGAAAGACAAAUAGUCGAUGAAUUUAUUUCAUUGUUUGAGCUGUUUAAUGAAGCUACAAUCAAGACACAAAGUGAAAAUAAACCCCCAAUAAGUAUUGUUGCGCCAAGUGUACUAGAAAUAUUAGCUGAUUUAGAAAAAGAAAAAUGCAAAUAUUUGGAAACAUUACGGGCAUCAUUGUUAAAUUCGUUAAAAUCACGCUUUGGUGGUCUGUUAAGUUACUUUAAUAUUGAAUUACCCGCACAACAACGUUCAAUGUCAAAGUCAUUUGCCGAUCCUAUUUUUUUCAUUAGUCCUGUUUUGGAUGCCCGUUUUACAUUUCGAUGGUUAGAUAACGUAGGUCUUUCUCCAGAAACUAUAAAAUGUGUAACGGAAAAAAUAAAGAAAAUGAUUCUUAAUUAUACUAGUCAAAUUUUAGGUGAAAGAAUUGUUACAGAAGCACGCACUCAGGAAUCGGCAGAAACAGUUAGCAAUGAUUCAUCAUGUAAAAAGAGAAAGUCGCUGUUUUCAUAUUUAAUUAAUGCCCCGAAAAAAGUUACAACUACAAAUACAGCAAUACUUGCUCAGCUUGAGGAAUUUUUAGCAGAAGAAGGUAUUGAUUCAAACCUUAUCUUUCAAAAACAAAAUAAAUAUCCUAUUUUACUCAAACUCGCUAAAUUGUUUCUGUCUGUCCCUGCAACAUCUGCGCCGAUAGGGAGAAUAUUUUCUCAAAGCGGUUUUUUGAUGCGUCCUCGUCGUGCGCGGCUUACAUCGAAAAAUCUAACUUUGUUAACGUAUUUGAACGUAUUGAUCGUUCGAUCAUCUACCCGUAUCUCCUGAUUCAAAGUCCAUUGAUAAAUUUUGUUCAAUAUGUUCUUCUCUAAUAGUUUUAAAAGAAGAAACUGAACUAUUCAUUGUUGUUAUUAACGGUUGUGUACUAUUAGUUACUGUAUU